GUGCUGUCUUUCUCUCUCUAUCUCAGGAAUGGUAAAGGGAGGGAAGGUUAGUUCCAAGCGAAGAGUCAAACCACGGAUUCGGUCAGAUUAUAAGGGUUCCGAUGAUUCAGAUGAAGAUUAUGUAGUUUCAGAUGAAGAAAAGCUAGUUUCUGAGGACUUGGAAGAGGAUUAUUGCUCCUCUUUGGAUGCAUCAGAUGAUGAAGAGGAAGAGGAAGUGGAAGUGAGAUGGGCGAGAAAGAACAGUAGAUCAAGAGGGAAAAAAGGUGUUGAUAGAUUUAUUGAGGAGGGGGAAGAGGAGGAAGAUGAAGAGGAACUGGAAAAGGUGAGAAAGAAUGGUAGAUCAAGAGCCAAAAAGGGUACUGAUAGAUUUAUUGCUGAUGAAGAGGAGGAGGAUGAGCUGGAGGAGCUUGAGGAGGAGGAGGAUGAAGAGGAAAUGAAAAAGGUGAAAAAGAAUGGUAGGUCAAGAGCGAGAAAGGGUAAAGAUAGAUAUAUUGUGGACGAGGAGGAGGAUGAGCUGGAGGAGUUGGAGAAGGAAGAAGAAGAAGAAGGAGAAGAAGAAGAAGAGGAAGAGGCAAUGAAAGAGGUGAGAAAGGUGGCUAGAUCAAAGUCCCAAAAUGGUUUAUCUGGUAGGCAGAAAAAUGGGGUUAAACCAUCACAAAAAAGGAGGACUAAGUCUGAAGAAAUGGCAGAUCAGGAUUAUGAAGAAGAAGAAGAAGAUGAUGAUGAUGAUGAUGAUGAUGAUGAGUACGACGAGGAAUUUACACCUGAUGAAGAUGAUUAUUCAGAAUUGGAAGAAGCAUCAAGGGUGAAAAAGAGGAAAACUAAUUUGAAAGUGAGCAAGCGGCGUUUGAAGAAAAAAGGUCCUAUAAGAAGGAAAUCAAAGAAGCCUUCAAGAAAGAAACAAAAAAAGACUCGUACAUUGAGGAGGAAAGUAAGAUCUGAUGACGAUGAUGGUGAUUUUAUGGACAGUAACCUUCCUGUUAGAGAAAAGAAUGGGAAAAAAAGACCAAAGAAAAGGAGGAGAUAUGUUGCUCAAUCAGAUUCAGAUUUUGUGUCUGCUGGAUCAUCCGACUGUGAUUACACAAUCUCUGAGGAAGAGAGAGAGCAAGUCAGGGAAGCCAUGCAGUUGUGUGGAAGUAUAGAACCUAAUUUGAGAAGUUCAUUACAGUCUGACAAAAUUCAGGAGAUUGAGAUUGUACAGCCGCCAAGAAAGCCUCCUGGUAGGAAAGGUAAAGAAAAGAUUGAGCAAGUGAAGGUCGAGGUGGUUAAGCAGGUCUGUGGAAUUUGUCUCUCUGAGGAAGAUAAGAGAAGAGUGAGGGGAACACUAGACUGCUGCACUCACUAUUUUUGUUUCUCCUGCAUCAUGGAAUGGGGCAAAGUGGAAUCUCGCUGCCCAUUAUGCAAGCAGAGGUUCAAAACAAUUAGUAAACCCACAAGAGCAGGAACUGAUUUGAGAGACGUGUGUGUAACAGUCCCUGAGCGUGAUCAGGUUUAUCAGCCGACAGAAGAAGAACUGAGAAGUUAUCUCGAUCCUUAUGAGAAUGUGAUUUGUACAGAAUGUCAUGAAGGUGGAGAUGACGGGCUCAUGCUACUGUGUGAUCUGUGUGAUUCACCUGCUCACACCUAUUGUGUUGGUCUUGGGCAGGAAGUACCCGAAGGUAAUUGGUACUGUGAUGGUUGUAGACCUGUUGCUCUGGGAUCCUCGAGUUCCCAGGUUCAAGGUUGGUUCACUGAGCAGAGAACAACAAACAACAUCUUGCCUAAUAGACACUCACCUGCUGUAAGUUUCGGUGAAGGUUUAGAGAUAGACCUUAAUUCACUGUCCUCUCCUCGUUCCUAUAUUACUCAAGGAUAUGGGACUUCUUCUUCCCCUUGGUAUCAUGUUGGAGGUUUUCAAGCAGCUUCCCCGGGAUCUGGGGCAGGGGCACCAACACUGUCAGGAAGACGUUUAAUGCACCGUCAUAUUCAACAAUUGAUUUCUGCUAAUAGAAUGAAUUAUCUGGCCAGUAGAAAUGAGAGGAAUUCACCUGCUAAUUUGAGUACUGAUACCUUGAAUGCUCAAACUGCUCAGGGGAGGGAAACAAUAGUUCAGCAUGCAAGGGCAGACGGAACGGGCAGAUCUUUUCACACAUUCUUUGAGGAGAGAUUACAAGAAAAUCCCUCACUACAAGUGCAGGACAAUGAUGUAUUUUCGUCAACAUCAAGCCAUCACAGAAGGCAAGUAGUCCAGGAUCCAACUACAACUUCUGCUGAUAGACCUAGCAAUGGAGCAUUAUGGCCUGGACUUACAGAGAAUACAAUAUCAGGUCAUAUCCAAACUCAUCAAUUCAGCAGUAGGCCAAAUAUUGGUUUCGAUGGAGAUUUGUCCCCCAAUGCAGUUACGGGACCGAGUGAUAUUCACAGAGGAAAGGAACAACUGCAAACAUUGGUCAUAAGCUACAUAAAAGACUUGUCCCGAGAGAAGGAUUUAGGCCAAAGUACUACUGCUUUCCAGGAGAUCGCAAGGAGUGCUAUGCAGACCGUCCUAGCUGCAUGCGAGCUGGAGCACCUCAGCAAUGACGUAAUCCCUGUGCAGCCUCCAUCACCCUGUUCUCAUAUUGAAUUGAUGGCAGGAAAGACAAGUCUGAUAAAAGGUUGCUGUUCAUCAUGUUUUGCACAAUUUGUCAAGGACGUCGUAAAAUUGGUCAUGGAACAUAAACAAGCAUCAUGGUUGACAUUAGGUUUGUAGGUAUUGAUGCAGCAAGGGUGUCCCUUGCCCCUCUCCCCAUUUUGUUAGGGAUGUAGAACAGUGUUUCUUUUAACUUGUUUAUAGAUUUAACUCCAAACGACUCCAUUCAUACUCAAUCCAAUUGUUUAGAUAGCAUAAUUCAAAUAAUUCAGUGCCAGUAUUAUUCUGCUUCGAAUUGUUUGUUGAAGAUGGACCAACUGUACCAACCACUCAUCCCUAAUAGAAGUCGUAAAGGGCAUUUGUUUUCUAG